AAAAAAUUGAUUGGCCGCCAUAUCUUUUGGGUGACGUCUUCUGGCCGAAAGAUAAAUAGCAAAACAGAGCAAUUGACAGUAUUUCGAAAUCAACGCCAAAAGCCAGAAUCCACAAGAUGCUUCCAGCCUUAGUGGUUCUCCUACUGGGUGUGGCCUUAGUGAUCUCUCAAGACCCCCCUAAGAUCACUGAUUAUGGUCCAUUAGGACAAACCUUCAACGUAGUCAGAAGAGAUCUGAUCUCAAAGCGCCUUCCGUCCACCGGACCAACCAUGGCACAUCCCUUCCCCAAGGACUGCUACCGAGUCAACGGCCUCGACAUAAGAACGAAUAAUAUGCGAUAUUUUGAUAACACGCGCGAGGUUUAUUCAUUCUUGAAUAGGUUUACGAGGUUUAGCUCAUUGCUUCCUUACAGAUUCACGUUGAAAGCUUCUCUAAGGGCUGUCACUGACGGACUAAGCGCAAGCAGCAAACAGGUCAAAGGCCUUGUAGUGUAUGUGGAAGAUCAAAGCGCCCAGACCACUUUAUCAAAACAAUGCCUCCAGAAAAUAACUUUCACAAAUAACUUUUUGGAAGACUUUAGAAAACUGCCGACAAAAAUAACGAACGCUGAGCCUGCCUCCUCCUGGUCCGACUACACUAGAUUCGUCAAAAAAUAUGGCACGCAUAUGGUGACAAGCGUGGUGUUUGGCGCUAGUAUCCACAGUUAUAGCUUUUCUAGAUCUACCAAACCAUACACUCAACUCGAUUUCCUUCUCAAAGAAUGCACCACAGUAAAAGGACCGAUAGCCACGGAAAUCCCGAAUGCUUGCCUCGGCCUGACAGACAAAGGAAAGGUAUCAGGUUUAGAAAUGAACCACCGGGUUUUGGUGCGAGGAGGAACAGUCGAGACCAGAUCCAAGUUGAUAUAUUCCCGAGAAAAAGAUUUAGUGAAGAAGUUUUUAGAAGAAGGCAGAAAGGAACCCUCUCCUAUCUCCUACGAGUUCGUGGAGAUCUGGAACAUCCUUAAAGGAAGUCUCUCUGACAGUGCAGACCUCAUACGGGUUAGAAUACUAGAGCAGUACAUCACGGGAUAUGAAGCAUUCGGAUGCCAUCCUCAAAUUAUAAGCCGUUUCAAAGUACGAAUGUUCUUUCAUCAUCCUUAUUCCGACCCAAACAACCCAACGUUCAUGUGUCUGCUCAUGGACCCGGGAUGCAACGAUAAUGAAGACUGCCAUUAUAGUUUUUUUGAGGGGUGUUCUUGUAACGGCGCAAGCUGUAUCGAAAAUCGGAUGGAGAGCUUCGAGGACGGCACUAAUAAAAUGAUCGCUUAUGCGUGGAAAGGAGGGUGGCGUGAUGUUGCUCAUGGCUGCAGUUAUCAAGGAGUGCCGACUGAAUGCCACUGCGACAGAAAGCCUGGAUUCUCCGUCAUCUGGCAGAGAAAAGGAUUGCACAGCCAUAAGACGUCACGAGAUAGCGAAUCUGGGAACGGCGAACAAGAGGGAAUCGAGGACGAAUAGAGAGGAAGACCAGGGAGUUCCUUGGAAGGAAUCACCUUAAGCUCUUAAAACCAUCCUGUGACCAGCCUGCACAUCUUUAGGACGUUAUAGAACCAGUAAAGGAUAGAGUCAAUCUUCGGUGCCUGUGUUUGGCAGGAUAACAAAAGGGACGGCAUUUGCAUUUGACACUUCUCUCAUUCAUUACGUAACGGCGGUGCUACCUCAUAUAAACAACAACCAAAUAAGCUCAAGACUUACCUUUUUAGACAAACGGCUAACAAUAACAUGCAUGUAAAGGCGAGGAUAAGUGUUCCAGUGCCAAUUAUGGCUAUCCAGGUCCAACGAGGAGCUUGCUCUUGGGAAUCCUGCACAGGCGCUGUCAAUCAACAUCAACAUCCGUCAAACGAGUGUUAUCACACAGGGGGCAGCAGCGAGUAUCUUAGAGCGGGAUGAAGGUGGUGGGCAUGAUAGUUGAAAAUCAUUUCGUACCUCUACCUGGAAGAUUCGUCAAGGCUUCUAGUGUGAUCCUGUUACUAAUCCCGCUGCACCCAGCACUGUUACACAUCUUCAUCUCCACCUCAUAUCUCUCUUGGCACGCUAGCUCAACUAGCACGGCGCUACGCCUCCAAGUUGCAUUCACACGCAUCACCUCAUUCCAUGCAUGCAACGGUACACGCCCAGCCUUCUUACGGUACUCAAUCAGGAAGCUUUUGAUGCGCCCAUUCCAUUUGUGCUGAGCUGGCAUCUGUGUGGCACGAGAUAAUAGCUUCGUUUAGUUUAAAGAUGGGAGAUAUCCAUUGUUAACCCAUGCGCUGCGCAAAUUUCUCAGUAGCACAAUUAGGUUAAGUGAAGUGAAGUCCAUUUUUAUUUUUGUUACUUUAUUAUCUUUGCCACAAGGUUAAUUCUUAAAUACCGGAAC